AUGAAGGCUCUAAAGACCCAUGGAAACAGCACCUGCUGCUUCAACAGCCAGCAGAACAGCCGCAUCCUCGCCGAGGCCGUGCACCGACCAGCUGAGAUACCUAGGCAGCCGCAGGAGCCAGUGCAGUCCAGCCACGCAGAUCUGCACGUCCGCCGAGCGCUCACCUGGGCCCCCACUCGGGCCUCGGCGUGUGGGUGCAGCCGCCGUCCCCGCCGCAGCAGCAGCUCCUGGGCCGCUGCAGGCUGCCCGUAUUUCAAAAAAUUUCUAAAAAUAUCACAUGUAAAUUCCUGGCAAGGAGGCAAGGGAGCCCAGCGUCUGCUGCUCUUCGUUCUGCUCCUCGCAGCCUGGAAGACUGGGAGCGGUCAGGUCCACUACUCGGUCCUGGAGGAGGCCAAACACGGCACCUUCGUGGGUCGCAUCGCGCAGGACUUGGGGCUGGAGCUGGCGGAGCUGGUGCCACGCCUGUUCCGGGCGGUGUCCAAAGGCCACGGGGACCUUCUGGAGGUAAAUCUGCAGAAUGGCAUUUUGUUUGUGAAUUCUCGCAUCGACCGCGAGGAGCUUUGUGGGCUGAACCUGGAGUGCAGCAUCCACCUGGAGGUAAUCGUGGACAGGCCGCUGCAGGUUUUCCAUGUGGAAGUGGAGGUAAAGGACAUUAACGAUAACCCACCAGUUUUCAGAGGGAAAGAACAAAGGUUAUUUAUUCCUGAAUCUAGACUGGUGGAUUCACAUUUCCCGAUAGAGGGCGCUGCUGAUGCAGACAUUGGUGCCAACGCUCUUCUGACUUACACCCUCAGCCCCAGUGAUUAUUUCUCUUUGGAUGUACAGGCAAGUCAUGAGCUGAGUAAGUCACUUUCACUCGAAUUGAGGAAAUCUUUGGAUAGAGAAGAAACACCAGAACUUCGUUUAUUAUUGACGGCCACUGAUGGGGGCAAACCAGAGCUGCAAGGUACUGUUCAGCUGCUGAUUACAGUGCUGGACGUUAAUGAUAAUGCCCCUUUGUUUGCCCAGGCUGUGUAUAGAGUCCAUUUAUUAGAGACUACAGCAAAUGGAACAUUAGUGACUACAAUAAAUGCCUCUGAUGCCGAUGAAGGUGUAAAUGGAGAAAUUGUCUUUUCCUUUGGCAGUGAUGUUCCUCUAAACAUUCAAAAAAACUUCAAAAUUGAUUCCAGCUCAGGAGAGAUUAGGCUAAUUGGUAGAUUGGAUUACGAAGAAACAAAAUCUUACGAAAUUCAUGUAAAAGCAGUUGAUAAAGGAAGUCCUCCAAUGUCAAAUCACUGCAAGGUUUUAGUGAAAGUGCUAGAUGUAAAUGAUAAUGCUCCACAACUGGCAGUUACAUCUCUGUCUUUGCCAGUCAGAGAGGACACUCCGAUCAGCACCGUCAUUGCUUUCGUUUCUGUGUCCGACAGAGACUCCGGUGUCAACGGGCAGGUGACUUGCUCUCUGAUGCCUCACACCCCAUUCAAGCUGGUGUCCACUUUCAAAAAUUACUAUUCGCUGGUGCUGGACAGCGCCCUGGACCGCGAGAGCGUGUCGCACUACACUCUAGUAGUGACCGCGCGUGAUGGCGGGAAACCAGAGCUCACUGGCACUACUCAACUGAAGAUCACCAUUCUAGAUGUAAACGACAACGCGCCAGAGUUUGAGAGAACUGUCUACAAAGUCAGUUUAUUCGAAAAUGCUCCAAACGGUACCAUAGCAGUGAUUGUUAACGCCUCUGAUUUGGAUGAAGGAGUAAAUAAGGACAUUGUAUAUUCUUUCACUACAGACAUGUCAUCAGAUACUUUGUCGAAAUUUCACUUAGAUCCAGUUAGUGGAUCCAUCAUUGUAAAGGGUAACAUAGAUUUCGAAGAAACUAAGUUAUAUGAAAUCCAGGUAGAAGCGACAGAUAAAGGAAAUCCCCCAAUGGCAGGUCACUGCACGGUUCUGGUGGAAAUUUUGGACACCAAUGAUAAUGUACCUGAGUUGGUUAUCAAAUCACUGUCAUUGCCUGUGUUAGAAGACGCACCCCUUGGCACGGUCAUCGCCCUGGUCAGCGUGUCCGACCAUGACUCUGGUGUCAACGGGCAGGUGGCCUGCUCACUAACACCCCAAGUCCCUUUCAAGCUGGUGUCCACCUUCAAGAAUUACUAUUCGCUGGUGCUGGACAGCGCCCUGGACCGCGAGAGCGUGUCGCACUACACUCUAGUAGUGACCGGCGCGUGCGGGCCUGCGAAGCCGGCGCUGGUGUGCUCGAGCGCCGUGGGGAGCUGGUCGUGCUCGCAGCAGAGGCGGCAGAGGGUGUGCUCUGGGGAGGGCGCGCCCAAGGCCGACCUCAUGGCCUUCAGCCCCAGCCUACCACCAGGACCCAUUGAAGGGAAUAGAGAAGAUCACCUGGAUUUGGAUGUUGAUCUUUCUGCCAAAUUUGGGUCCUCAGACAGAGGAACUAUCCUGAUUGAUGUUUUAAUUCAGAAAGGAUAUUUUUUCUAUGAGUGUGGCUCUUCAUAG